AUGGGUAUUUGGGACGUGGGAAGUGCUACCAACCUUAAUCUUAUGUGUUGCCCGCUUUGUAGAUAUAAUAAAGAUUCUCGUGAUCAUUUGUUUUUCCAGUGUUCCUUUGCGACGCAAGUUUGGAACAAGGUUAAAUACAUGGCAUACAUGGAUAGUGUUGAUGCUAGUUGGGGCUCAAUUAUGGCAUGGUUUGAACAAAGAGCUAGUUCCAAGAGCGCAGAAACCAUUGUUAGUAAACUAGUGGUGGCGGCAGCUGCUUACUUUGUCUGGCAAGAGAGAAAUAACAGGCUUUUCUCUCAAAACAAUCGGUCUUCUUCCAAAAUUGCGGAUAUUGUACUACAGACGGUGAGACUUAAAUUGAUAACUUUUAGGGCGGGAAGGAGAUCCAAGAACCCGUUGCAGCUGGAGAGAUGGAAGAUGCAAGUGAAGACUAUGGAUAUCGACACGGGCUAG